AUGGUAUGGAGUCUAAUGAAGCAUAUAGAGCUUCCUUCUAGGAAGAGAGCUAAACCCAAUGGUGAUGGAGGUCCAUCAGAGUCGAUUAACCUUGGUGAUCAUUCUGAAAAGGUGCUAAGUGAAAUGAUUGGAGUAAGCACUAACAUCACGCAACAAAGAGAAGAAAGGCAUAAAAAAGAAGCUGAAGUAAGAGAAUCUGAGAAGAGAAAGAAUAACAUUUGGGAUGCUAUCAAAGAGAUUCCUGAUUUGGAAAAAAGACAUUCAUACCUUGAACAUGAAAGAUGUCUUUCUUAA